AUGUUCUCGGACCGCUCACGUGGUAAAAAACUAGGUUACUUUAGACUUGCUAGACUCGAACGCCUGCUUUCACGACGCGUUCAGCAGAUCUUGGCACUACCGGCUGGCAUGGUUGUUUCCGCAGCCCAAUCUGAUACCCAGGGUGCUGGGCCCCCUCAACUCAGGAUCAGGUCGGUACAUACUAGUGGCACCCAAGUGGAAGAGGUCCUUUUGGAGGCCAGACCUGAGAGAACAUGUCCUCAAACGAUACGUGAAACUCAGAGAUCUGAGCACCAUUCUGGUGGACACAAUGACAAUGAUACCCCCAGCUCAAUGUCAGUGCAAGGGUUUCCGUCAGAGCAAAGAAUAUUAAAGAAACAGCCAUCGCAAUCAGACGAAUUGAUAAAAGAGAAUAAAAUUAGAGAAACACCGCGCGAUUGUAAAGCCAAGUGUGCAUCGAGUAUAGCCCAGAAAGCAGCUGCUGAAGCAAAAGCUGCUCAAGCUGCUCAAAAUGCUGCUGGUGCUCAAGCAGCUCAUAUGGUUAAAACUCAAUUAGCAGAGAAAGCACUUCAAGCAGCUAAAGCUGCUGAAGCCGCACUGGCUGGCAAGCAGGCUGUUGUAGAACAACUUCAACAAGAAGUAAAGGAAGCUGAAGCUGUAGUGGCCGAAAACACUGCAGCUAUACGCCAACAACAAGCUGCUGUUCAUGCAGCUGUACAAGCCGCCCAACAAGCUACAGCACAACACAAAAUAUUGACGCAAACUUGCCAACUUGCUGCUCAGCUUGAAAAAGCGACGCUCUCCGUUUUAGAAAAGGUUAAGUUUGGUUUACAAGAGAAGUGUCACAAUUUGGCCGAAUCUCGGUCUCGGUUGGCUCAUCUUCAACAUAAGCUACAAUGCGCUUGUGCUGAAUGUGCUGCUACUAAGCAAGCUGCUCACUCAGCAUGUGAGGCUGCACGUGCUGCUUGUGGAAAUGCGCGGAGAAAACGCUUGAUUCGAAGAAAUAUUACAGCAAAAAAACGAUAUAAUCGACGAAAAUCAGCCUCAAAUGAAAACAUUCCGAAAAUAAGUUAA